CAUAGUCCAUUUUUCUGAUUUGGUCUUGAUUUAUCAUCCCAGAAUAGAAUUGUGGCUCUCAGUUCCAAACAUUUCUGCUUCUUUGGCGUCAUCCUUUUAACAAGAUUUCGAAACUAAUCCACCCAGAAAUCAAAAUUAGCAUCAAUUGAUUACUUUCAGUGAUAUAUAAAUCCAAUCUGCUACUCUAAUAACAGUGCAGAAGCAGGUGUAGGGGCUCCUAAUUCACAUCAUAAACCCCGAUUGUAAGUGGAGAAACAAUGAGAUCUCGGUCUCAGUUUCAGUCUCACAAGAAAUCCACGCUUCUCCCUCUGGUUUGCGCUGCUGCAUUCUUUUCUCUUCUUCUUUUCGGAAUCCAAUCUUCUUUCUUCUCAGGUCGUAUUAACAGAAAAAUAGAUCUCGGUAAAGAAAAAAUGCAGGUAUCAGAUCUAAGCCCUCAGGAACUCAGGAGUUUAGCCGAGUUUCAAACCAGAGUUCAACAAUGCGUGGCGAAUAGAGGACUUGGACUCACUGCACAUCUUGUCGAUCUUUGCAAAUUGACUCUUAAGUUUCCUGAAGGCACAAACAGCACUUGGUAUAAUGAGCAGUUUAAGGUUUUUGAACCAUUGGAGUACCAUUAUGAUAUUUGUGAUGCCAUUCUAUUGUGGGAACAGUACCGUAACAUGACAACAGUGUUAACUAGAGAAUAUCUAGAUGCCCGGCCAGAUGGAUGGUUGGACUAUGCAGCAAAAAGGAUUGCACAAUUGGGAGCUGAUAAAUGCUACAAUCGAACACUUUGUGAAGAACAUCUUAAUGUGCUUCUACCAGCAAAGCCCCCAUUCCACCCACGGCAGUUUCGCACAUGUGCGGUUGUUGGGAACUCAGGUGAUCUAUUAAAGACAGAAUUUGGGAAAGAAAUUGAUAGUCAUGACGCUGUUAUACGAGACAAUGAGGCACCUGUCAAUGAGAAAUAUGCCAAAUACGUUGGUCUUAAGAGGGAUUUCCGCCUUGUGGUACGGGGUGCUGCUCGAAACAUGAUUAAGAUUCUCAAAGGAUCCAAUGAUGAGGUACUUAUAAUCAAGAGUGUCACCCAUAAGGACUUCAGUGAUAUGAUCAAGAGCAUUCCGAAUCCUGUUUAUCUCUUUCAAGGAAUUGUUCUACGUAGGGGUGCCAAAGGAACUGGAAUGAAAUCUAUAGAGCUAGCACUUUCUAUGUGUGAUAUUGUUGAUAUAUAUGGUUUCACUGUUGAUCCAGGCUAUACUGAAUGGACAAGGUACUUCUCGACACCAAGGAAAGGGCAUAAUCCACUUCAAGGAAGAGCAUACUAUCAACUGCUAGAGUGCCUUGGUGUUAUUAGAAUUCAUUCUCCUAUGAGAGCCAAGAGGAAGCAAGACUGGUCCGAUGUACCAAGUAGAGAAAUGAUAAACAGAGCUCAUGCUGCUGCCUUGCACUUUAAAAGGGGUCCAGAUGGUCAAUUGGGACAGUUUGGUAGUUGCAAGGUUUGGGGUAAUGUGGACCCAGACAACAGUGGGCCCAUUUCAGGAUCUUCAGACAUGAGUGAUGUGAGGAAACACUCAAAUUACAGCAAAUGGGAAACCAUGCCUUUUAAGAGCAUAAGAAAGGAAGCGCAAGAUCAUUUUAAGCAAAUGGAAGGUGUUUCUAUGUACAAAAUAGAUGGUAACAAAUUGGACGAUCUAGUGUGCGUGAGACAUUCUGUAAACUCCAAGGGCUAAGAAAUAUUACAGGUUGAUGCCCUUCUGUAUUCUCUUUGGUGGUAUGAGUGGGAGAAACCGUUCCUUAUCACCAACAAAUCAGCAAUGAGAUGAUGAGUGGCCGUUUGGGAAUAGCAAUCUGUCAUUUUGAGUUUGGUGAAAUGUUGUAUGGUACUUCUGAAUGCUGUCCUGUGUGUGAAGCAUUGCCCAUGCUUCCAAUGUGGAAAAAGCCAUAGAAGACAUUUUGCUCUGUGGUCGCAAACUAUGAUUACUUGCUACAGGGUUUCUCUCUCCCUCUUUCUGGCUUUUCUGUUUUCUGAUUUGAAGAUUGUAAUUGAAUGGUGGUGAGGUGUCAGAAUAUCUCAAUAGAGGGCAGGACAGUUGCUGUUUAUGUCGAGGAUGGAGGUGGACUGGAUAAUCUGGGAUGUUUGAAAUUCAAAUCUAAAAUCUACUUAAUUUAGGACAUAUCCGGGUUUUUUUUUUGUUUUUUUUUUGCAUGCUUGUGCUGUCUAUCGUUGCGAGUUUUCCCUUCAUAUCUACAAACUGUGGUUUUGUUGUUAGUUCGUUUGUGACAUGUUUCAGUGAUGAGGCUGGAACCGGACAAAAUCCGUGAUUCUAAGCAUGGGUACAUGCUCUAGACAUAUUGAACUGUGAUUCAUCCAACCCCUUUUUCUUCGACA